GGACUUAGGAGUGAUUGACCAAUAGGAACAGUCGUGGGCAUUUUGAACGCUGAAAAGCGGGCUGGAGCCUCAUACUGAGGGAAACAAAAGAGAUUGUAACAGUUUGUUGUGACGCGACGUUAAUAACGCACCCAGUUGCUUUGUUUUCGUCUGGAAUUUUUUUUUUUUUUUGCUAUACUUGUUUGGACCAUGUCUCACAAACAGAUCUACUACUCUGAUAAAUAUGACGAUGAAUAUGAGUACAGGCAUGUAAUGUUGCCCAAAGACAUUGCAAAACGUGUUCCCAAAACCCAUUUGAUGUCAGAGACUGAGUGGAGGAACCUGGGUGUCCAACAGAGCCAAGGAUGGGUACAUUACAUGAUUCACCAGCCAGAGCCGCACAUCUUGCUGUUCCGCCGUCCGCUGCCAAACCCAAAGUCAUCUUAAUGGAGAAUCUCUGGGUCCUUGGAAGAUCAGUCCCUCUGACAUGCUGCAGGUCGCCUGAAAGUAGGGAUUGUACAGUUGUGGAUGACCAGCCCUUAUGCAGUAGUUGAACUAUUGUUUGGACUGAUCACAUUGGACCUUGAGGACUAAAUCAUGAACAAUAGUUGUGGAAGGUUGUACACGUUGAAGGAAAGCCGUCACUCCUCUUGGUAGGUGAAAAGACGUGGUGCCAGUUAACCUGUAUCGACUUGCAUUGUCUUUUUGACUGACACAUCUGUUUCCAUGCUGAAAACUAUCUGAAUAUUCCAGUUUGUUGAGCAAUUAACAUGUGGGAACUAAGUCUGGCACUGAUCAGAAUGCUAGCUAAGACUACUAGCUGGAUUAAAGUAAUAUUUUGACUGCAAAGAAUCUGGUUUAAUGACAUGUUGCUGUUCAGUUAAAAUGGUUAUGUAAAAUGACAUUUCAGUUUCAUGUGCAUGAAAAUCCACACGCGUCACCUAGACACUAGUCUUGCUUACUUUCUUCACUGUUGUGACAUGGAUCGGAUUGUGCUCUGAGCUCCUAUUUAUGAAUGUGUUGCUCUAAUGAAAUCUCUUUUAAACUGUUAUGGAAUACACGUGAGUCAAAUGUACAGCAGAACUUUAAUUACAAAAUUGACUGAGUGAGAUGACUCAAUCUCACAGCGGCUUGAAAUUUAAUAAAGUAUAGCUUU